GGCUGGCUAGGGCAUCUGAGUAUAGAAUCCACAUAUGAUUCCCUCACAACCGUCAGAUCACAUAAUCCAACGGCUCACAGAAAAACCCUAAUUUCAUGCCUUCUUUACUUCACUUAUAAAACCUCUCUUUGCACCUCACCUCUUCCAUUCUUCAUCUUUCUCCAUCUUCUUGAGAGCUACUUUGCAGAUAAUUCGUUAAGGAUGGGUAAGGAAAAGAUUCAUAUCAGCAUUGUCGUCAUUGGACAUGUCGACUCCGGCAAGUCCACAACCACAGGUCACCUUAUCUACAAGUUGGGUGGUAUUGACAAGCGUGUGAUCGAAAGAUUCGAGAAGGAAGCUGCUGAGAUGAACAAGAGGUCCUUCAAAUACGCAUGGGUGCUCGACAAACUUAAGGCUGAGCGUGAAAGAGGUAUCACCAUCGAUAUUGCCCUGUGGAAGUUUGAGACCACCAAGUACUACUGCACUGUCAUCGAUGCUCCCGGACAUCGUGAUUUCAUUAAGAACAUGAUUACCGGUACUUCCCAAGCUGACUGUGCUGUUCUUAUCAUUGACUCCACCACUGGUGGUUUUGAGGCUGGUAUUUCCAAGGAUGGUCAGACCCGUGAGCACGCUCUUCUUGCUUUCACCCUUGGUGUCAAGCAAAUGAUCUGCUGCUGUAACAAGAUGGAUGCCACCACACCAAAGUACUCGAAGGCGAGGUACGAUGAGAUUGUUAAGGAAGUUUCAUCCUACUUGAAAAAGGUCGGAUACAACCCUGACAAAAUCCCAUUCGUGCCAAUCUCUGGUUUUGAGGGAGACAACAUGAUUGAGAGGUCCACCAACCUUGACUGGUACAAGGGUCCAACCCUUCUUGAGGCUCUUGACCAAAUCAAUGAGCCCAAGAGACCCUCAGACAAGCCCCUUCGUCUCCCACUUCAGGAUGUGUACAAGAUCGGUGGUAUUGGAACUGUGCCAGUGGGACGUGUUGAGACCGGUGUGAUCAAGCCCGGUAUGGUUGUAACCUUCGGACCAUCAGGGUUGACCACUGAAGUCAAGUCCGUUGAGAUGCACCACGAAGCUCUUCAAGAGGCUCUCCCCGGUGACAACGUUGGGUUCAACGUCAAGAACGUUGCAGUUAAGGAUCUCAAGCGUGGUUACGUUGCAUCAAACUCCAAGGAUGAUCCUGCUAAGGGUGCCGCCAGUUUCACUUCCCAGGUUAUCAUCAUGAACCACCCUGGCCAGAUCGGUAACGGUUACGCCCCGGUUCUCGAUUGCCACACCUCCCACAUUGCCGUCAAGUUCUCUGAACUCUUGACCAAGAUCGACAGACGAUCUGGUAAGGAGCUCGAGAAGGAGCCUAAGUUCUUGAAGAACGGAGAUGCCGGUAUGGUUAAGAUGCUUCCCACCAAGCCCAUGGUUGUCGAGACCUUUGCUGAGUACCCACCACUUGGUCGGUUUGCUGUGAGGGACAUGCGUCAGACGGUUGCUGUCGGUGUUAUCAAGAGUGUUGACAAGAAGGACCCAACUGGAGCUAAGGUGACCAAGGCUGCAGCCAAGAAGGGAGCCAAGUGAGAGGGUGGUUUGUGUUUUGGUUUAUGGAGUAUUUUAUGGUUUUCUGUCGUUUUGUUUACUAGUUUUGAACUUUAUUUUGUUGAAGAGUUUUGUUAUUUGAUCCUUGAAGCUUUCAUUAUUGUGCAAGUUUUAUGGGUUACAGACUUUUGUUGUGGGUUAAAUUAUAGUAAUCAUGAGUUGCUAGUUGGUGGUUUAAAAAUUUUUA